CCACAAGAAGCAAAAAAAGUCAACAACUUCUCCUGGUACGAGCCACUUCAAAUAGCUCCAUAAUUUGUUUCCAAGUUGAAGCAGUGUCUUUGUGAUAACCUUUGUGUUGUUUCAAUCAGUCUGAUCAAUCCCUAAGAAAAGAUGUGGUUUUUUGCAAAGAAUGGGCCAUCUGGGUUCUCUUCUUCUUCUACAGCUGAGGAAGUUACCGAAGGGAUUGAUGGAACUGGCCUCACCGCCAUUGUAACAGGAGCGUCAAGUGGUAUUGGCGCUGAAACUACACGUGUCCUUGCCUUGCGUGGUGUACAUGUGGUUAUGGCUGUACGAAAUAUGGAUGCUGGAACAAAAGUUAAAGAAGCAAUACUUGAAAAAAAUCGCACUUCUAAAGUUGAGGUUAUGGAGUUAGAUCUGAGUUCAAUGGCAUCUGUCAGAAAAUUUGCAACGGAAUAUAAUUCCUCUUGUCUUCCCCUGAAUAUCCUCAUUAACAAUGCAGGUGUCAUGGCUCCUCCAUUUAUGCUUUCCCAAGACAACAUUGAACUGCAAUUCGCAACCAACCAUCUAGGUCAUUUUCUUUUGACAAGUCUUUUGUUGGAGAACAUGAAAAACACAGCACGUGAAAGCCUCAAAGAAGGAAGGAUUGUUAAUGUUUCAUCAAUGGGUCAUAAGUUCACUUACCCGGAAGGAAUUCGUUUCGAUAAAAUUAAUGAUAAACCAAGUUACAAGAGUUGGAGUGCUUAUGGACAAUCAAAGCUUUCUAACAUAUUGCAUGCCAAUGAGCUGGCAAGGUGCUUGAAGGAAGAAGGGGUAGAGAUAACUGCUAAUUCACUUCAUCCUGGAGCUAUUGCCACUAAUCUUAUGCGUCACCACAGCAUUAUGAAUGGCUUGUCUAACUUGAUUGGUAAAUUUGUGCUAAAAGAUGCUGCACAGGGAGCGGCAACAACAUGCUAUGUGGCACUGCAUCCACAAGUUAAGGGUAUUAGUGGUGAGUAUUUUUCAGACAGUAAUGUAGCUAAACCGAGCUCUCAGGCUAAAGAUGCAGAAUUGGCAAAGAAACUGUGGGAUUUCAGCAUGGGCAUGACGCAGCCCAAGUAGCUUGGAUGACAGCCUUACCGAGUUGAUCUGUUAAAUGCCGUUGCCCGUGUCUUAUUACUUGUGAAGCUGGGAGUUGAUUGUAGUUUGUUCAUUGUGAGCUUGCAAAUAUGUAAAACAGUUAAAGUAGAUCCCCCCUCCCCCCCCCUCCCCCCCCCCCCUUUUCUCUCCAACCUCUCCUUUUUUGUGUGUAUGUUUUUUUUUUCUUUCUUGGUUUGAUAAGCAUAAUAAAGAGUUAAAACUUGAUUACUGUCAUUUUGUAAUUAUAUAGAAAAGUUACAAUUGAGGCUUGUUGCAGG